AGUUCAGAGAGAUCAUGUGACGUCAGGUGAGUCACGUGAUGUUUAUAGCUACAACGCCUUUUCCUGUCAAACAACUUGGGGGGAUAAAUUCACCAUCUUGAAAGCCGCAUUUGCGAUUGUGACCACUGGUGACCUUCGGUUCUGCGAGGAAUUUUUACAGUGGUCUUCCAUUCAAUCAAACCCAAUUGGAGCCCCCUGUUAAACAAAAAAAUCAAACAUCUUGCUGCUAAAACGGAUAUUUGCCCAUACCGGUCCUGAUCCAGUCAUGGACAUCUCCUUGUUUCUGGUUUUGAGCUAUCUUGGCCUUGUCAUGAUUGCUCAAGCUAAAGAUUGUUCCAGGCCUACAUUAGGCAGCAACACAAACCUCAACGAUGAGGACUUACUUAAAGAUACAUUUCCAGAUGGGAGCAAAGCUAAUCUUGUCUGCGCUGUGGGUCACCAGUGGACGGGGGGCGUUAAAUAUGUCACAUGUACAGAUGGUGUGUGGAGUCCUGUGACCAUACAAUGCACCGCUAUUUCCUGUGGCGCUGCAGAAGAAGUAGAGAAUGGGAUUGUUGAUUAUCCAAAUGGUAUUGAGUUUGGUGCCCAAUUAUCCAUCAGUUGUAAUAGAGGUUUCAUAUUGGUUGGUGCCGCUCGACGCACUUGUUUGGCCGAUGGAACUUGGAGUAACCACCCACCCAACUGUAUAGCGGUGACCUGUGAUCCUCCACCAAAAGUGGCUCAAGGCAAUUUCAACCCUCCAAAGGAAAUCUACCAGUAUGAAGACGUUGUACAAUACUCCUGUGACCAAGAUUAUGUUCUCAAUGGAUCCAAACAUCGAGAUUGUUCCGAUGAUGGACAAUUCAAACCUGGUCCACCUGUUUGUGUCAAGGUUAACUGUCCUGAGCUGGAGAUUGUAAAUGCCGAGAUGGUUUCAGGUGCUCGACCCCCGUACGGCCACAUGGCAUCUGUGACGUUUGAGUGCAUAUCUGGAUACAAGAUGGUUGGCUCUCCCACCGUGACGUGUGACAUCAACAGUCGCUGGUUACCGAAACUUCCAAGUUGUCAGCGAAAAGAAAUUCCUAAAUCAACUACAACGGUUACAACCCCUAAGGCCAAAGUGACGCCAACAGCCUCUUCUAAACCAGAUCCUGAAACGGAAAACAAAAGUGAUAGUAGUCAUUUGGGGAUGUCUCUGGGUAUUGCUUUUGCAGUCAUCAUUGGAUUAGCUAUCGCCAUUAUCAUUGGAUGCUAUUACUUUGGAUGCCUUGCAUUUCUCAACAAAAAGAGCAAAAAUGGCUAUCGGAAAGGCCACUCCGACCAUGAGGCUACCACAGAUGUGGCGGGAAUGGUGCUCUCGGUAAGACACUAGGUGAUGCUGAGAGCUUGGUUCCAAAUACGUCAAUUUUCUUCUUUUUUUUUUUUCUAAUUGUUGUACAGUAUACUGAAAACGGUUGUCUUUCACAUCAAAAUAGGAAUAUAAAGGAUGAGAUUGUAAAUGUAUCAGCACCAUUUGGGAUGUCCCCGCCGCCUUAUUGUGUUACUUUAAAAUGUACCAGUUGUUCCUGUUUCACAUGGCUGCAGGCUGUUUUUCCCCACAUGGUCUAAUUUACCUGGUUCUGUUCUUCGCAGUGAUGGCAGGACUCCUGCUGGCACAACAUUGCUAGAAAUGGGAAGAGGACUGUAACUGUCCGUGUCGAGUGGACGUCGAAUUAGUUGCUCAUGACAGUUCAGUAACACAUUCCAGUUAGCACUGCUCGAGUUUUGGUUUUUCUAAUUUUCCACUUACAUUGACAAUGCAGGCAGUGCAUCUUAGGUAUGCCUAAAUGGACUUCCCAUGAUCAGUUGAAAUCAAAUGUGCACUUUGCUUCAAGCGUGUCAGAUCAACCCCCCCCCCCCCCCCCCCAAUAAUCCCAAUGGGAUCUCUGAGAUGGAAGGAGGAAAAAGUUCAUUAUUUAUGUCUUCGUGCACUUCAAGUGUAUUAGUUGUGGCAAUUAUGACUGCCAAAGAUUUGCAUUGUCAUGAGCCUGCUGUGUGACAGCCCUGAGGUUUUAUGGCUAAAAAAUAAAUAAAUGAAUGUAUUGUAAAUUGCCACUAGUUAAAAGUUACCUUUACGCACUGUUAAAUUUGAUGUUUGCUCUAAUUUAAAAUAAGCUUUGAUUUAUAACUUGUGAAUUAUGAUUUGUAUUGUCAUGCAUCUGCUGUGUGACAGUCAUGAGAGUUUUGUCAUGGCUGAAAAAAAAUGUAUUGUAAAUUGCCACUAGUUAAACAUUACCUUUUAAGCACUGUUCAAUUUGUUGGGUUUUUCCCUAUUUGGAAUGUUUUAGAAGGUAAAUUAAAUAAAGUUUAAGAAUAGCCA